UUGAGUAUUUGAUCAUCAAGAUCAUUACGCUUUUGUGCAUCGAAUCGGUGCUGUGUACUCCACUUUAUUGGCAAUUCGUACCCGCAUAUGAUGUCCAACAUCAAUCAGAUCUUACUGCAACCCCGUCUGAAGUGUUUGGUGUUGAUUUACUAAGAGAUAAAAGACAAGAAUGGUCGCACAACCCAAAGCAUUUGGACGAAGAAUCAAUGGGAGUCAAUCAUUUGGAGCAAGCAAAUCCAAUGCCACAAAUCGAAGAGCAGCAAGUCGGCGAAGCAUGGCAACAACAAAGUGGACUCCAUCAUCUUGAAUCGACGCAAAAUUUCCCCGUGUCAACGAUUGAAGAGCAACAAGUUGGUGCUGGAAAUCCAUUGCCAAAUCCAUUACCACUCUUGAUGUUAGAUGAUCAAGUCGGACAAAGAAUUCCAAGGGUACAAAUUGAAGAGCAACAAGUCGGUGAGGCAUGGACUCAUGCACAAACACAUUUAGAGCAACAGAAUAUGCCAAUGCCAAUGCCAAUGCCAAUGCCAAUGCCAACAAUCGAGGAACAGCAUCUUGGUCAAGAAAAUCCAAUGAUUCACUUAGCUGAGGCAAACCAUCCGCUCAUGCUGUUCGCCGAUCCAGCAGCCCCAUCGAUCGAAGAGCAACAAGUUGGUGGAGAAUGGAACCAUGAUCAAGCCCACCUUGGUCAACAAAAUCCAAUGCCACAAUUGGACGAAUCGGAAAGAGAAAAACGACAAUGUUCGUGUUUGGGAGCUGCUUUAUCCGAAUUGGACACGCAAAACCCGUCAUUGCGGUCAAUUGAGGAGCAACAAGUCGGUGAAGUCUGGAACCAAGCUCAAACUCAUUUAGAGCAACAAAUGCCUAUGGCGCAUUUUGAUGGAAGUGAAAGUCAGUUGGGUGAAGAAUGGCAUCAACAAAGCAGGCAACAUCAUCUUGAGGCCGCACAAAAUUUCCCAAUGCCAAGUAUUGAAGAGCAACAAGUUGGUGGAGAAUGGAACCAUGAUCAAGCCCACCUUGGCCAACAAAAUCCAAUGCCACAAUUGGACGAAUCGAGAAGAGAAAGACGUCAAUUUCCAUUCCCAUUUCCAAGAGUUGAAGAACAACAACUCGGCCAACAAAACCCAAUGUCUGAGUUAAGUGCACAGAAUUCACCAAUGCCAUCGUUCGAGGAGCAACAAGUCGGUGAAUCCUGGAACCAAGCUCAAACUCAUUUAGAGCAACAAAUGCCUAUGGCACAUUUCGAUGGAAGUGAAAGUCAGUUGGGUGAAGAAUGGCAUCAACAAAGCGGGCAACAUCAUCUUGAAGCCGCCCAAAUUUUCACACUGCCAAGUAUUGAAGAGCAACAAGUUGGCGAAGAAUGGAACCAUGGUCAAGCCCACCUUGGCCAACAAAACCCAAUGCCAUCGAUUGAAGAACAACAAACCGCACAUUUGGAUGAGGGAAGCAGUUCACAAACGCUUGGUGCACCAUGGUCAUUUGAUGCCAUGUCAGCCGGAAUCGAUCAAAUUUUGCAUCCAGCACAAUUUAACGAAAAUGAAAACUCACAACACAUGAGAUCAUCUGAUGACGAGAGCGAAUUUGAGGAACCGGACGGUGCUAGAUCGGAUAAGGGAGACAAAUUUCUCUCUCCAGCUUACGGCUACCCAGAAUACGCACCACCGGCGUAUCAACCCAGCUACGAUGACAGCUAUGCUUCACCAAGCUACGGCGGAUACGGAGAUGACUACAGUUACAAACCAGUUGCACCAGUUGUACCAGUUUUCAAAUUGAAACCAUUCAAAGUGUUCAAACCGAAACUCUUCAAAUUCCCAAAAUUGCUGCCUGCUAAGUAUGGAUAUGCUUACAACUCAUAUGCAUACGCUCCUGCUCCUUAUGCUCCUGCUCCAGCUGCGUAUUCCCCUGCUCCGUAUGCCCCUGCUCCGUAUGCCCCUGCUCCGUACGCCCCUGCUCCGUACGCUCCUGCGAAAUUUGCUCCAAAGAAAUUUUUCGCAGCUCCACCAACAGCUGCCUAUGGUGGUUAUCGAGAAGCUGAAGAGCCAUUGCCAAUGCAAUUUGAACGUCGACAACAACAACAACAACAACAACAGCCAAUGAGUUUCACCUCUGUCGAUGUGGCAAGACCAAAUGCCGAACAAAUGAAGCAGCUUGUUGAAAACCUCCAAAAUAUGCAAGCACAAAAUACUCAGCCGCAAAAUCCACAACAGGGCCAACAACAAGAUGUAGCAGCAAGCUUGCUCGAUGUCGAUGCACCCAAAUCAAUUCCGGAAGAGAAAAAUGCAAAGGAAACGAAAGAGCAAGUGAAAAACUUCCAACAAGAACAACCAUCUCAGGCUCAACAAACUCCGAUGAACCUACAGCAACAACCACCCAUGAAUCUAGGUGAAAGACAUCUGCAGAUGAAUGAAAAUGCCGCUCAACAACUGGACGCAUCAUUAUUUCCAAGGUAUGCAUACUACUCGUUAGGUUGCCUCCGAAGGCAUUCCGUUGUUCGAAAUAUAAACGAUAAGCCGAAUGAUUUUGCGUCGCAUUUUGGUAAUGGUAACUUUUUGACUCACGACAAAUCGAUGGUGAAGCCUAGGGUGAAGCGACAAACUCAGAAUAAGUAUCCAUACGGCGUUUUUUACUUGUCUCCGCAAAAAUCCAAUCAAGUUACUACUGUGUAUCAAGCACCACAUCCUGAUCAAGUACGAGCAAUUUACCCAUACGGAUCCGGCCAUUCGGUCAAUGCAUCUUGUGUUCCGACAAAUGUUCAGGCAAUUAAUUCAUUAGCCAAAUUGAGCCCAAUUCAGUACGUAAUCUAUCCAACAUCAGUUCAGCGACCGCAGUCACACCAGAUGCCAGCAGCACCACCACAACCGCAACAAGUACUUGCAAGACCAAUUUGUAAACCGAAUCCAACUUAUGUAAAACCUCCAUCGAUUCAUCCCGUACCUCCAGCAAUUUCCAUUCCGCUUCUCCCAACAACAACUUCAGCUCCAGCUCAGACGCCUCCAAAAAUUUGUCACUGUCCUUUGAUUCCUGCACCUCCACCCACUAAACAACCAUAUGUUGUUACUACCACUGUACCAACGAUAUCCAUUCCUCCAAAUCCACCGACAUUACCAACCCUUCCGACGCCUGUAACACUUCCGACAAUUAAAACCACCGAAGAAUGCACAAUAAUACCAACAACGACUAUAGCUUCGGGAACCACAACCACAACGCCCCAUAUCAAUUCCACUUGCACCGAUAAAAGAUGUGCAUUUUGUGUUAAAAAUGCUUUCUUUUUCUUGGGAUUCAAACCAAAAAGUAUUGCAGCGAUCAAAGAUGCAUUGAAGAAUGAUGAAGACAAGGAAGAUUUUCUGCGCGAAGUUGGUGGUGUGCAAAAUGACAACGACAACGGAACAAAUGCGCAAGAGAACCUUGAAUUUGAUAUUGAAAAAGCGGUUGUGAAUGUCGAAAAAGAGUCAUCCGAUCAAUCCAAACUCAUAAAAGUGAUUGAAGAUUUGGUUAUUGAGCUGCGCAAACCGAAGAAAGACUAUGACUUUGCCGAUGAAGACGACAAUGAUGAUAAUCCAGAUGACUUUGAAGAUUGCCAUGACGAGUAUGAAGACUACGAUGACAAUAAAGAUGAUGCGCCUGACGUCAAAAUGCCGUGCCAAACUAACUCUGAUUUAGUUAAAGCAUGUCAACAUCUCUCUACAACUCUCUCAUCAUAUGGCAAAAAAGAUUGCUAAUUUAAUUUUUAAUUUUUAAAAAUUUUCUACGUGUUUUCUUUUGUUUUGUUUUUUUUUAAUCAAUUCCAAAUCCAUUUUUCCAUAUUUCAUACCGAAAUUCGCAAUUUUAUCCAUUCACAAAAUUUCAGCUUAAUCACACAUUGUUUUUUUUUUCUUUUUUCACACACAGUAAUCCCAUAUUAAAUCAUCCAUUGACAUUGAAAUCGAUACCAUUAGCCACCCCAUCUACAUUACCCAUAUCAGACGCAUCAGAAACCGUCGGAGCCACACUCCUCGACAAAGUCAACGUUGGUGUUGACAAAUUGAUGGACAAAUUCCUCUCACCAUAUCUAGGAAACGAAGAUGUUGUUGACUUCUUCAAUCCAAAAUAUUAUUACCUACCACCACAAAAAGAUCCAUCGAAUACAUACGAUUAUCUGAAUUAGAGGUCAUUCACAACAAUUUUCAUUUUAUCUACAUACAUUGAGCCCGAUCAUUUCAGUUUACAUCAGGUGUCAUUUCCUUUCCCUGUCAUCAACAUUUAUUGUUCAUUCGUUAAAUUUUGAAUCUGUUAAAUUUUUUUUUGAUACAUUUUAUAAAUAAAACUGAUUGAAAUUAAAA